UACAGACGCUUUAAAAUGAUAAUUGUGCGUGCUUUUCGACGGAAAUUUGUGUAACGGUAUAUAACUACAGCAGAUACUUGUCUAAUUCCAUCAAAAGAGACAUAAGUUUAUAAACUUAUUAUUUUGAGAGAAUUCAUACAGAUAUAUUUAUGAUCUUGUGUGAGAUAAGCGAAGAGCUUGCAGGACGCAAUGUCUUACGAAUUUGUUCACUAAAUAUUGAAAACAAAAACAAAACACACAUCAAUAUAUAUAAGGUUAAACAUAUGCAAAGCAUUAAAACCUUUAAAUCAUCAAAAUUGUGCAUUAAAAUAAUAAAUUUCAUAACGCUUGCGUGGCAAAAACAAAAACAAAUUAAAUGUAUCGCAAAAAGUCUGCAAAUUGUCAGCAACACAAGCGUAUAAAUAACAAUCAAAUGCAAGAGAAACUAAGUUGGGCAGCUUGUAAUAAGAAAGCAGAAAAUCACAAAAACAAAACCGAAUACGCAGAAAGAGCAGUGAAAGUAAAAUAAAACAAACAAAUCAGCGUUCAAGUUAAUGUCAGAAGGUCAACUGUGUGCAACAACUUACUAACUCACACACACACACACACCUCUUUCGUGUCAACAAAUAACUGCUGUUGGAGGGAAAACCGAAAUUAUUUUUUUCCAAGAAAUAAAAAAAAUAAAAUAAUUUUAAUUAAAAGCAAACUAAAGUAAUGCUAAGUAAAGGUCUGCUGCGAGCAGUUUGCACUAACUAACUGUGACUAGCUGUGACACACACACAUACCAACACACAGCAACACAAUGCUGUUAACUGCUCAACAAAGAAAGGUCAAAUAAAUUUCAUGGAAUUCAAGUGAACUUACUGGGUGCGAGCUUGACGCCUCCGUUGUGUAUUUGUAAGGAUAUUUCUAAGGACACGUCGCGCAAGUGAAACUAAGAAUUCCUGAAAAGACACUCUCAGGGGAAUAGCUGGCAACUGCGCAACGCGAGCACAUGACAAAGGCUCUCCGGGACAGUUCAACGCUUAAUUGCUGACCGCAUUUGCAUGACUUAAUUACUCUGGUGUUAAAUACCAAACUUAAAAUAUAUAUACAGCACAGUGUGCCAAUUUUGUAAACAACAACAAGUACAACAGAAGUCAAGCAACAAGAUAUGCUGCAGAACUAAAGCGGAGCGCCAGUGAGCCGCCACAGGGUGCCAACAAAACGAAUGAGCGCCAACAGUGCGGAAACAUAAAUCAUAUAAAGGCAAGUGAAAAUUAGCAGUAGCAACAACAACAACAACUACAAUAUACAGUAAUAUUUGAAAGCGAAGAAAGUGGCAAUUAAAAUGACAGCAAUUAUUUUCUAAAAUUUUUAAGAGCAUAUAAGAAAGAUUGAGGAAAAGAAAACGCUAUCAAAAGGAAUGAGAAAUUGAGUUGCUGAGAAAAUUAUGCAUACUACACUCCUGGAAAUAUUUUUGACACGAAGAAACAAAAUACAACAAGUCAGCUAAUGUUGAAAAAGAUAACUAGACAACUUGAAACAAUAACAAUAACAAUACUAGCUGCAAAAUUCGAAAAAAUCGGCAAUUUUCUGCACCGCUGAGGAUCAAGGAAAUAUUCUACGCAGUAAAACUAACCCGCAAAUGUUUUUAAACUUCAGCAAACAACAACAAUAAAACUUUAAAUUAAGCAGGAAAUGUGGGUAGGAAAAUUUGAAAACUUAAAGGAAGUUAAAUUGCAGUAUUUAUAAACUAUAUAUAAAUAUAAUGAAUUAAAAGUCUAACAGUAAUUUUGCAAAAACAGUUUGAAUAAAACAAAAACAACUGUAACGACACUGUUGCUGUAUCAACUAAGAAGUAUAUACAAAUUAAUAACACGACUGUAUAAGCAGAAAAAACCAAAAAUAAUAUUUCUCAACAAUAAACUCUCAUAAGCAACAUAACACAUCAUAACAGUAUGGAUAAGAAAAAUAAAUCGAAACCAAAAUCUAAGCCGAAGCGUUUGAAGCCCAACAAGGAGUCAAGCACAGCGCUGGAUGUGGACCUGUGGGAGCAAAAUGAAGAUCGCUUCACAACCGUUGAACUGCCUGCCAGCGCUAAAGUGCCGAACAACAACAGCAAUGUCACAACCGCAGCUGCCACAAGCACCAAAACCGUUGGCAGUAGCGGCAGCGCACAACACGGCAAAGCCAUCAGCAUUCGAAUCGGUGGUGAUGGUGGCGGUGAUGGACCAGGCGGCACAACUGCCUGCGAACCCAUCGAUGUGAUCACCUAUCCACCGAACACACCAACCACGCCAGCAACUAAAGUCGCCAUCGGCGGUGGUGAUUCGGGCGCAGCGCUAAUUUCGCUCGACACCGGCGAUCCUAAUGAACCGGAACGUGGCAAUUGGACGGGCCGUUUCGAUUUUCUACUCUCACUGCUCGGGUACUCGGUGGGGCUGGGCAAUGUGUGGCGCUUCCCGUAUCUUUGCUACAAUAAUGGUGGCGGCGCCUUCCUCAUACCCUUCACAAUAAUGUUAAUUAUCGCCGGUCUGCCGCUCAUGUUCAUGGAGCUCUCAUUCGGCCAGUAUGCCGCUUUGGGGCCUGUGGCCAUUUAUCGUCGCUUCUGUCCGCUGUUUCGUGGUCUCGGCGCUGGCAUGGUUAUCGUUUCGGCCAUUGUAAUGCUCUACUAUAAUUUGAUUAUUGCCUGGACAAUAUUCUAUAUGUGCGCCUCAUUUCGGCGUGAGUUGCCAUGGCAGAACUGUGAGGCCGCAUGGAGUACUGAAAACUGUUUCUCUUACGAAAUGGCCGAUCAAUGCGAUGCCGUGAAUGGCACAUUCUACUUGAGAACAUGCUAUAAUAUUAGCUAUGCCGAGGAGCAUAAUAUCACCGAAUUAGCGCUACAUGCGCUAAAGCGACCACCAGCUGAGGAGUACUUCACUAACUAUGUGUUGGGCUUAUCUUCUGGCAUUGAAGAAACCGGCGGCAUAAAAGUGGAGCUAGCUGCCUGUCUAUUUGUCGCUUGGGCUAUUGUUUUCCUAUGUCUAUGCAAAGGCGUUCAAUCUUCCGGCAAAGUAGUCUACUUUACCGCGCUCUUUCCUUAUGUUGUGUUAGUUAUACUGUUCUUCAGAGGUGUGACUUUACCGGGCGCCAUGACGGGCAUAUUGUUUUAUUUAACACCUGAUUUUAAACAGCUAGCCAAUGCACAGGUCUGGGGCGAUGCUGCGGUACAGAUAUUCUUUGCGCUCAGUCCUGCUUGGGGUGGUCUCAUAACACUGUCUUCGUACAACAAGUUCUCGAACAAUUGUUAUAAAGACUCUUUAAUCGUCGCCAUUUGCAAUAUAGCGACCUCAUUUUUUGCCGGUUUAGUUAUCUUCUCGAUCAUCGGUUUUCUAGCACACGAGCUAGAAGUGGAAGUAAAAAAGGUAGUUGAUCAGGGUGCUGGUCUGGCAUUUAUAGUCUAUCCAGAAGUAGUGACACGCUUACCGGUUUCACCCGUUUGGUCGGUUCUAUUUUUUGUUAUGUUACUUACAUUGGGACUGGACUCACAGUUCGCACUCAUGGAGACCGUUACAACUGCCAUAUUGGAUAAAUUUCCCAAUUUACGACAAUACAAAACAUGGGUUGUGCUUUUUGUUGGUAUUUUCGGUUACCUCGGUGGUCUCGGUUUUACUACGAAUAGCGGCAUGUAUUGGUUACAACUAAUGGAUAAGUAUGCUGCGAAUUGGUCGGUAUUGCUUAUCGCCAUUUCCGAGUGUGUUUUAAUCGCUUGGAUAUAUGGGUCACAACGUUUCUUGAACGACAUACAGGGUAUGAUUGGUAAAAGAUCGAAAUUCUGGAACUCAUUUUGGUCGGCAAUGUGGCGUUACAUAACGCCCGCAACACUAUUGUUUAUUCUGUUCUUCAACUGGGUCGAAUACAAACCGGCCUCCUAUGGUCAUUAUGUUUAUCCACUGUGGGCUGAUGCAGUCGGUUGGUUUAUCGGGCUGUUGCCGGUACUAUUCAUAUUCCUAAUCGCCUUCCAGCAAAUUUGUAAAGCACCCAAGCAGCUGACAUUCAAAGAGCGGCUAAAACUACUCCUACGUCCCACCGCCGAGUGGGGGCCAGCCGGAAGGCCAUGUGUCAAUUUACACGCCGAGCGUUACGACAGUCAAAAUUACGAUGUCGUGGCCAAUACACAAGUACUCAUAAAUGGCAUGCCAACCGAUGUGUCACCCUAUGAGGACAACAGCAAUGGUUAUCGUGAUGAGGCGAUGCAACUCUGAGAGCGAGUGAGCGCAUCGUCAGCAGCGGUAGCAACAAAAGCAUCCACUGCUGUUGUGCGCAUGAGUGAUCACAUCGAUGAGGGUAUUGGUCUGCGAAUGAGUGGUAAUGGCGCUGGUAAUGGGGCUGGUGGUGGAGGUAGCGGUACAACUGUGUCGAUUAGGAAUGGCAGUCAUCCCGAAUAUGGUGCGGCUGUGGCCAUCAAGACAUCCAGCACGGCGGCAACAGCCAAACUACCCGGCCCGAGUAUAUUGAAGGGCUCAAAGAGUAACCAAGUGGCCAGCAAUGGUCGCAACAAAGGGCAAUCUCAGCCUGAGGCGAGCCCUAGUCGUCAGCCGCUAAUAGAGGCCGAGUUGCGUGCCAACGACAGCGUCGGCUCGUUCCUGAAUGAGGCGGCUGCAUUGGCGCAGCGUAAAACGCAAGCUAACGGUCAUCCCGCCGAGGUAGUAGGUGAUAAAAUUACGAAAGUAACUGCCAGUAUUAUAUUGCCCACGAAGCCGGCAAUAACCACAACCGCUACCACUGUCGCCACAAGCACAGCAACAACAAAGGUGCUUGUCGCUGGCACAAUGAGCAGCGGUCGCGAACGUAUGCUCACUACGUUCGGGGAGCGUGGUGUUGUCCCGGGGGCGGAAACGGUAAGCGCAGCAACUACAACAACAACAUUUAGCGCUGUAACAACAACCGUUACAGCAGGCCUGGGUUCAAAACCGCUAACUGCCGGCAUUAAGCCGGACACUGCAAGUAGUCUGUCACAGGUGACAACAACAACUGCAUUGGCAAAAAAUGUGCAGCCCGCAAGCACAACAGCAACAAAACCGGCAACAUUAGAAUUGAAACAUACAACUAUGAUUACAACACCUGCGACAAUGGCAACAACAACAACAGUCAAAUCGGCGUUAGCUGGAAAGUCGACAACAACCAUCACCAGCACAGCUGCAACAGCAACAAUUGCUAAACCCAAAUUGACUGCUACACAAACACCAACAGCCACAACUGUUGCGGUAUCCGUUAAGACGCCGAUUGUUGCAACAACCACUACAACAACAGCUGAAAGUGCUGCAAAAGCGACUACAGUGGCCGCCGUGAAGCCUGCAACAGCAACUGUUGGUAAACCUACUGCAACCACGGCACAAAAAACAAUAACAACAACAACACCUACAAUUACAACUACAAAAGCAAUUACAACGCCUGCAGCACAAACGGCUGCAGUUAAAAGCAGCGGUGCCGUGUCAGCAGCAGCUGCAACGGUUCCAAAAACCACAACAACAGCAAGCAUAAGCAUAGGCGCUAAGGCGCUCACAGACAGUAAGCCUAUAGCUUCAAUAGCAACUGUUGCUGCUAAACCGCCAACAAUAGUUGCAACAACAACAGCAGCAGCAACAACAAAAUCAAAAGCACCUGGUGCUGCUGCUCUUGUUGCGCAAACGAAUACACCACCAAUCACAACAACAACUGCCAAAGUGUCAGCCAUUGCUGCCGCCCCAACCACAACAACAAUAAAUAACACCACAAAUUUAGCUACUACAACAGCAAAUGUUGUGCCCAAGCAAUUGACAGCAGCGUCCACAACUGCAACAAUAACAACUACGAAGUCGAAUGUUGUUAGCCACCCGUCGGCGAACGCGAAUGUCGUUAUUGCACCGAUGCCUGCUGCACAGCCAACAAAAAUUGCUGCCACCAAAGUGAUCAAUGCAACAACAAGUCCGAUCACUGCGGCUAUUCAAAAGCCCACGGUGUUGUCAACAACGCCAACAGCAGAUGCUAAAUUAACAACAAUGACGACAGUUGCCACCACAACCACAACAACAACAACAGCAAGCGGUACGAAAGCGUCUAUAACUAAAACGCCGGCGGCAAUACCUAAAACAACAACAGCAACAUCAUCAACAGCGGUGCCGACUAAAAGUGUGAGCGCCAACAUGGUAACAACAACACAGUCUGCAAGUACACCAACUACAAGCGUUGCAGUUGUGAUUCCAAAAGUCACAACCACAGCAACAACAACAACAACGGCAACCAAAUCAGUAAUUGCUUCUGCGGUUGGCAGCACCGCCACCACCACAACAACAACAAAAUCUAUAACCACCACCGCCACAAGUAAUGUCAGCAAAAAAUAAUUGUAAGCAAAACAAAAACAAUUACUUUAGUCAUAACACCCGCUCAUCUCACAGGCGUUAUUAUAAAAGUAGAAACACAAACAUACAUACAUACAUACAUAAACCACUGGAUUAACGAAGUAAGUAUAUAAGCGCAUACUAUAUACAUAAUCUAAUAACUAGUUCAUACUAAAUGGCGGCAAUCGUUCUCCAGAACGUCUGUAGCUUUGAUGAAGUUUGAAAAAUUGCGUAUAUUAAUAAGUAUAUUUGUAUGUACUCUCACCGAAAACUGUUUCUCUGCAGUCAAAAGUAAUGAAAACAACAAAAAUAUCUACAUUACAUUCUGACAUACAUAUAUACAGAUAUUUAGUAAGAAAGAAUAUUUCUAAGGAACAAAGUAAAACGUUCAAAACGCAAAGUUCAAUCUAACCUAACUAUUAGAGAAAAGUAUAUAACAAACAAAUUUAGUAAACAACAAAAAUAUUAAACUAAACCCCACACUAGAUCUAAGAUCAGGUACCGCAAUUACUACUAUAUACAUAAAUAUACGUAUUUUUAAGUGAAACUUAGAAAACAAAACAAUUUCAGUUGCCAUAAGAAAAAGGGAAAGUAUUGCCAAACCGAAAGUGGAGCUUGCAAAAAGUAUCAUACCUAUGCAAAAGAAGUUUUUAUAAAAUUAAAAUUUGACGAUUUUUGUAUGUAUAUUUUACUUCUACCCAAUUAUGAUUUCAUAAAAUCUGCAAUAGUUUUGGAAAUCGAGUAUUUAAAAUUACUCAAAAUUAUAGAUUAUGUUAUAGUACAUACAUCUUAAUUAAAAACAACCCUAUCGCAGUAUUAAAUAGCCAGUCAUCAUAAACAAAAUGUAUUGUGUUCGUUCCUCAACAAUAUCAAAACUUUAAUUUCAAAAACUUCUAAAAAUUUUUCGUAUAAAAACCAUAUUAUAUGAAGAUCCAUUGGUAACUUGUACCGAACUCUUUAAAUUAAAUUCCUCUCCUUCUCGAUUUCGACUCAAAAUAUACGAAAUUUAACUAUGUUGGAUUUUUUUCAAGCAACAAUCAUUACCAACUUCCGUUCAAUCGAAAUUAUUCACUGCAUCGUUGAGACUAACAUAAAAUGUAACCCUAGAGGGACACCUAAGUUCCUUGAAUACUACUAAUGCAGGGCAUGCUAUCCAUCAAGCUGCUUUCUUAGCAAAAGAGAACUUAGUAACAUUGUAGGGCUCAUCACAGAGCACAUAUUCUUAAGAUCCCAUCUUCAGAAAACUCUGAAAGUGGUUUCGGCGAAAUGCAAAGCAUGUACUGAGAAUGAUGAGACGAUGGAACAUUAUAUAUGCGAAUGCCCAGCCUUAAGCAGAAUAAACGAGAUAUAUUCCGCAAUAAACUGCAGGAACCUUAUGACAGGAAUCACGAAACAUUCAAGUUGGACAACUGAGAAUGCCAGUCCUGUAAAUCGACAAAGCCCUUGAGUCUGUCAUAAGUUUGUUGAGUCGGCUAAUAUCAAUUUCGGCCAGUUCACCUGGUUCGCUUUAAGUGUAGCUACCACGAUAUUUCAACAUAAGUCUGAUGUAAGAUGCACAGUGAAUAAAAAAGUGUCUAAAUUUUUUCAUCUCACCCGCGUUCGGGAUGAUUUUUAGCCUCACUGCUUGUAUACUUAUACAACAGCGUUCAGUUAGAAGUCCCACAAGUGUGACGAGGUGAACUAUGCUAAGAACAAACAAUUUGAUAGACUCUCUGGGCUAGAAGGGAUUCACAGCUUAAUAGGCUAGCGCGGAGUCCAUUGUUCUAAUGAUGGAAAAAAGAGGACAUGGAAUCACAGGCCUGUUCCAAGCUUUAUGGAGUUUGCGAACUCAUCGACUUUGGAGUUCCUCAAUAACCACUUCAAAACAACAUCAUUCGUUGCUGUCAUUUCGAGAAGUUUGAUAGCAGUAAAAUAAGGGUUUCCUAAGAAAGUACUCUGUUCAUACUUUUUUGUAAGAUUCCGUUGUAAAUUAAACAAUGACUUAAUUUAGAACCGUUUAUUCCAUGUUUACCAUUAAUAUUUUCAAAUCGCCAAUUAUUCCAGCGCGUUGGGGAACAGAUUCCAUGAAUGAGAAGUCCAAUAUUUAAAUGCUUACAAUUAAUUUUCGUAGUGGAUAGGCAAAAGGUAUGAGAACUUAAACCUUGUUGACACCAAGUAAUUGGUAGAAAAUUGAUGAUAUAAAUCAGGGAGGCUUAUAAGCGUUUAUGCGGCUUCACGGAGCCAAUUUGAACAAAAAAUCAACGCAAUGUUUAUCUAUUUUGUCAUCGGCUGUACGUAGAUCUUUCUACAAAGAAAAGCCAAGUAAUAAUGUGUACCGGGUAAAAUACGUCGAUUUUCGGCAGUUAACUUGUAAAAUCACAUAAGAUUGCGACUUUAAGAAAUUCUAUAGCAGUUAAGUGGUGCAGGUUUUAAAAAUUUAAAUUUUUAUUUUCAAAAUUAGAAUUAUCAAAUGAAGUCUAAUACUAGCAACACAUUUCGGCCUACGUCACUCGCUGGUUAAUUUCAGCCAAGUCAAACAAACUACCGUUAUAUCUCAAUUAGGUCUCAGAAAUUUGAUUUGAGUCCGCCAAAUUUCAUAAGCCAUUAAAUAGUUUGUUAUAGUUUGGAUUUUAACCAAAAAAAUCAAUAAUAUUUUUAUAUUAUAUAACUACAUCAGAGGUACAUGUAGUAUGCACUUAUGUAUCACACGAGAGUUACUUAUUUAUGCUCAAAGUUAACGUUGGUUCAUUGUUAUGAGUGCACAUAGUACUUAGGAAAUAUUUUUGAAAAUUGUUCUUGUAAGUACAUAAGUAGGACUUUGUAAAUGGUGUUAAUGGAUGUCAAAUAUGUACUUAUAUGUAUGUAAAUUAAGUAAUGUUGAUGUACAUGUGUAGGAAAACAAAAACCACGGUGCUACUAGUUGGAGAGAAACAGAAUAUUUUAAACAUAUGUGAGUCGGUGUAACGUAUAACGGCAGAUCGGUACAACAGAAUUAAGCCAAAAAUCGAGAAUAGGCAUAAGAAAAAUCAGUUACGUAGGUCUUAAAGUAAAGUCAUGCAAAUGUGUCGUUAUUGUUGUUGUUUAGAUGUGUAUUGUAAAGAUCUGGUAAAUGGAAUUGUGACUUGCAUUGUUGUAAGAAUCCCUUGUAUUGUUGUAGGUUGUAGGCACAUGCAUGAAUGCAUAAAUACAUAUGUAUUGGUGUAUGUAGUUAUGUAUUUAAAGGUAUAUUGAAUUUGAAUUGUAUAUUGAAUUGUAGUCCUGAAAUAGUGCAAAUUAGUGAAAUGUAUUAGUAAAUAUAUAGUACAAGCGCAUGUAGAGACCGAAUUGACUGCUGAAUAUUGUUAAUGGAGGAGAUCAUUAUUGUUGUUAUUGUUUAGGGAAGAGCAUACAUAUAUUUAGGGAAUGUUAUUGAGGUUAUGGCGUGUACUCUCACUACCUUACACGUCCUAACCUCAACUAGGUUGCAUAGAAAACUGAAGUGUUUACAGAGGAAAAGCAAAAUAAAUACUCGUAAUUAGCGGUGAGAUGAGGGAAUGAUGAAGUGGUUAAAUAUGGUACACAUAUAAUGAUUAACUUGGAUUUCAGUUUUAUUUUUUCAACUCAAUUUAGCCCGUCUGAUAUAUAAUAUUAGGUCGGAAUAACUUUAUAUUAAUUUGUCCAUAUUAUGUUAAGUUUUUAACUCGGGAAAUGAUACAGUCGAUUUAGAGGUGCGAUGAGAUUUUAAGUACUGUUAUAAAGUUCCUCAGCUAAUAGUGGAUGUCUCUUCAAACUAAAAUAGAGUAAAUUAAAUAUAUUUAUUGGGCCCAUUUCGCAGACAAUACCUUUCAGCAAUCCAGCGAGUAGUUGAAGACAUUUUGCAGAACAGAUUGAAAGCGUCAAGUCCACUAUUUGCCACUAGCUAACUACAAAGACAAAAUUGUGUAUUCAAAAGAGUUAUAUUUUAUCCAGCCUCAUGGGAUGAGCACCAGUAGUUUCCAUAGCUCAUACUUCCAGCUUAGACUGGCUCAUAACGAUUAUUAAUUAUUAUAAAACGUGAGUAGAGUGGCUUCUAAAAAAUUAAAUGAGAAAGAGUUGAAAACAAUGAUUGCUCCUUUAUCCAUUGAAUGAUAAAAUAUAUUUAGACGUUUCUUAAACUGACAUGCUAUAAUUUCAACACGUUUCGUAGACUUUGAACGACAAAUUAUAAGGUUUAUAAGGUGGUAAACUAUCUUACCACGCAAAGCAGGUAAUCGGCUCUAAAAUUGAACUUCCACUAGACUUCAAGCAUUUUAGCUUCCAUCAACGUUUGAUAUGGAGCUGCUCUGUCAGAUCGUCGAGAGAUUCUUCCCUCGAGCGUUUAUUUAUGGAGAGGAAGGAAAAUUGAGCGUAGUCAAACCUUUUUUAUACCAUGUUUUGAAUACUCGAUCCUGUCAGCGAGUCACUAUCUUUGAGAUCAUUUUGGUAUGACAUUAGACUUUGUCGAUUUUCAUACCUUAUAACAACAUCAUAUCUCUUUAUGUAGUUAAAUUUGGUGUCCCGUUUAUUUUACCGUCUUUGAAAUCUAAAUUUAAUUGGUCUACCUUUACAAAUGUGUUUCCUGUUAUAUAAGAUCGCAGUACAUAGCUUUGAAAAGGUGAUACAUUUAUGAUUCAAGAUAUUUGAGAUACAGUAAAACCCGUUUAAGUACCAAACCCUCUUAAAUAACCAACAUUUUUGGGCUUAGGACUAGCAACGAAGGCCUUAGGCGGUUUCUUCUAUGAACCCAACCCGGCUACGUACCUCAAAAAGCUUUAAUGGCUUUACUGUAGUGCUGUUUACGCUGUUUUAGCUGUUGUUUUGUGUGGAGAAAUCAAUGGGAAUUAUUGGAUGAUUGUGGCUUCGAGCGUCUAAAGAAGUUGUAAGAAAUGAGCUGGUCCGAAAAGAACAAAUCUAAAGCCAACUGCUAUUAUAUGAGGCUUCAAUAGUGGAAAUGAACACUAUAAGCUCGAUAUAAUUUUAAUAAAUUUCCUAAGCAAGCAUGGCGAAGUAAGAGUUUAAUCCGUUAACCUUUAAGAAAAAGAGUUUCAGGUAGUACAAUAAGUAUUCCCCUUAAUAUAUGUACUACGAUAAAAUUAUUAUCAUUCGAAAGAUUCGGAAAAUACACGGCUACAAUUGUGUUUACAGGCUAUGGAAGAACUCGGAAAUCUGUAGUAUUACUCCAAUCACUUAACACUUCAAAUUGCUAAUAUUAGAGAGCUUAGUCGUUGGAACUAUGUACAUAUGUAGGAUAUAAAAAAAAUACUAUUUACUUGAGAAUAAAUAUUCCUAAAUAUUUUUUAAAGCAUUUUGAAAUUUUAUAACAAAUUACAAUAGACAAGAAAUAGACAACAAUUUUACAUUAUAUUUUGUACGACAUUUACAGUUAAGCAAGUAACCAAGCGUCGGAUGUCAAGGGAAAGGCAAGGAUUGCUUAGAUACUUAUGUAUAUAAAUACCUGGGUAAACGUAGUGGGUAGGAAAUGAUUUGGAAGACAUGUGAAGAGAUUGGGCAAUUUGUUAUUGAUCGCUUAAAGUACUAUGGCAGUUUACAAAUUUCUAGAUGAAAUUUAGAUUAUUCCGUUAUAAUUUUUAUAUAAAUUGAAUAAUUGUUUCCUUUCAAAAGCAACAGAAUAUAUAUGAGAGACUCAAGUACCUUUUAGCGCAAGUCAAGUAAAAUAAGCAAAUACAUACAGACAUACAGUUCUAUGUAUUAUGUACCACUAUAUACAUACAUACAAACCAAUUCAUAUGAAAAUAUAUAAAAAUGUGCGAACAAAUUACUUUAUAUGCACAUAGUUAGCUUGUAAAAUUUCUAUACUAAUCUGACUAAUGUACUUACACAAAUACAUAGUUGUAUACUUACACACAUAAAUAUACGAACUACUCAAGUAUGAAGGUAUUAUUUGAAUAAAAAUUGUUGAAAAUUAAAUUUGUGUAGUUAUUGUAAAUGUGUAAUGUAAAAUGCGCAUAGUUGUUGGUAUUGAAAAAUAUGUAUGUAGUCUAGACCAAAAAUAUUUUUAAGAACUGCAAAAUAGUUGUUUUUAUGUAUCUAAUAGAAGAAGAAGAAUACUGGCCUAUAAUCCCGUAAGCGGUAUCUACGCCAAGAUCGAAGAGGUAUAAAAGAAAGUAAACUAAAACAAACUUGAUAAUGCAAUAAACAAAAUUAUAAAAAAAUAAAUAAAGCCAAAACUAUGCAAGAGAAAGUUGCGCCACUCAAAUGUCAAAAAAUUUGAAAACCUAAAAUCCAAUUGCCAUGUGUUGAGUUAUUACCAAAAAUAGAAUAAAAUGUUAAACAAUAUGUAUUAAAAACGUUUAAAACUAUUAUUACUACAUAUUAGAAUAAUAUAUGCCUAAGGUAUAAGUAUUUUUUACCGACAUUUUCUCUUGCGUAAAUCUGGCAACAAUCGAAAUCAAUCACGUCACAACUUAGCGAGUGACGUUGCUUUGUAUUCUAUGAAUCUUGAUUGCUGGUCGCAAAUAGUUGGCUGGGUGUACGCGUUAAUUAAUAAAUGCUAUAGUAAGAAAUUAAAAACUAUUGUUUCGAAAUAUUUAUGAUAAUUAAAAACUAUAACUAAUUGUAUAAUAUGUAAUAAAAUUAAUUGCAAUAAAAUGAAUAUACAAUUAAAAAAAAACUGAUUUAAAUUAAUUUUAUUUUAUUUCUUAAUAUUAUUUCGAUUGCCGAAAUUAAUAAAAAAAAUUAAAUUGUAUUUUUUUUCGUGAGUGUGAAAAAUGCCUUCCGUAACAUCAGCUGUCGUCACAGCAACGGUAUGUGCCACAUACAUACAUAGUUUAUGUGUCUAUAGUUUGUGUGAAUUUUGUGCUUUGUUUUAUAUUAAAUCGUUUUAGUUUAUUUGUUUAUAAUAGUUUUUUAACUUUUAUUUUAUUUUUAAUUUCAAUUCAAAUAUUUAUAAUAUAUAAAUAACAAAUAUUAUCUUA